ACAGUGUGUAGUCAAAGACAGUUAAUUUCACCUACAUGUACAUGAGGAGAUCUGGUCUGCCUACAACAGCCUGACAAGGAUGAGGCUUUCGACCAAUAUUCUGUUCACAGUGGGGAUCAUCAUACUGCUGGCAUCACCAGAGAUCUUCAGUCAGAGGGCCAGACCUCGAAACAGGGGUCAGAAUGGGAACCGGGGUCAGAGCGGGAACAGGGGACGCAACCCAGCCCGCCGCCAAAACCAUCGCCGAUGUCAGAAGAUUCAAGUGCCAAUGUGCAGAGGGAUGAUAGGGUAUGGAUUCACCAACCUGCCUAACAAAUACGGCCACAGGACUCAGCUGCAGGUCUACCGCGCCCUCGAGUACCUCUGGUCUUUCAUGGAUAUCGGCUGUUCCUCCAACUUCCGUCUGUUCGUCUGCAGCCUCUACCUUCCCAAAUGCACCAGACGCACACUGCAACAAUUGCCCUGUAAAGAAACCUGCACCAGGGCGAAGAACGGAUGCGAAGAUAGGAUGGAGGAGCUCCAAUCCAGCUGGCCUAGCCACUUCAACUGUUCGUCCUUGCUUCCACGCCGAUCCAAAAAAUGCAUCGGGCCAAAACCGAACGGACGGUCAUGCCAACAGCACGUGAUCUGUCGCCGUAACCAGAUCCCGAUUUGUCAAGGGUUGACCUUCAGUCGCGGGUCACUGCCCAACAUGUUCCUGCAGUGUUCCACAAGGGAGAUAACUACGGAGCUUCGGCAGUUUGAAGGUCUCAUCCAGUCGAACUGUUCAUCACACCUGAGGUUCUUUCUCUGUGGGAUAUAUAUGCCAUAUUGCAUCAGGGCGGAAAAUCCAUUCGCUAUGCCGUGCCGAGAGUUGUGUGAAGGGAUUCGGCGAGACUGCGAGGCUACGUAUUCCAGGCUUCAUGGCCGGUUGCCAUGGCCAUCAAAAUUUCAGUGUCACCGAUACCCAGAUUCGACCAAUCACCAGUAUAUGUGCGUAAUGCCAAGCGAUCACCAAUUGGAGUUUGAAUCGAGGAUACAACAACAUAUUAGUCAAAUAAACCAAAAUGAAGGUGAAGAAUCAGUAGAUGAAUCAAACGAUGAGGACAACUGAAUCAAAAGUAUUCCACUGGAACUUAAACUUAAUAUACAUGUAUAUUAUGUUAUUACAGUUUUACAACCGCAUAUGAUAGUCUUAUUUGAAUCCACAGUAUAUAGCAUGGAAAAUCACUACAUUUAUUACAAGAUGAUUGUGAAGAAUCAGAAGAAUUAAUGAAAAUAAUAGAACCCACAAAAUAUUUUACAUUUAUUCAGAAAAUUAUAAAAAAAUCAAGAAUCAACCAACGAAAACAGCUGAAUCCAUGUUAAUCCAUACCUGUGAUGUUACACUAUUGUUCCAACUGUGGUUUACUUUUCAAGAAUCUAUACAGCUGUGAAUUCACAAUGCCAACCAUGCAACAACAGAAUUUAAUAGCCAAACCAUUCAGGUUAGGUCUGAAAACAUGUAGUUUUGGGUUACAUGUAUUAUUUUUGUAAAUAUUAUAACAGCUAUUUGAACCACUGUUUCAUUAAAAAACACAAAACAGUA